AUGGCAUCCGAAAAAUCCUAUGACAAUCUGUGUCAUGACAUCUACAUGAGACUCUAUUCGCAAUUGGAAAGAAAAGAUGAGGAACGGUACCGGUUCGCGCCGGCCGGCACCGCCAAGGGUGUCCUUCAUCGUGAUAUUCUGAUGCGCUUCUUUCAGAGUCUCCUCUCGCGGAGACGCAAUGCAAUAGAUGAGUUUGGCUUGUCAGAGGAAGACCUUGUGCACAGAAUAAACGAGAGACAACUUCACAAUUUCCUGGCAAUCUUGAUGUUCGCUACGUGCCGUAUUCAGGCAGCGAAGAUCUUUACCACUCAACUUGUUGCAGGAGACGAAUGGCCAGUUAUGAGCAGCGCCGGAAAUAAAUUCCAUGUCUUGCCAGCCGGCCGUGAAGAACUGCUGGAGCUUUUUCAUGACGACAUCGUUACCGUCGACAAGUUCCUCACGACACAAGCGUGUUUCUGUCCUGUGACGAUCCAGAGAAGGGAGGAAGUCAUUGUCAGGAGCCUAGAGGAGCAUCGCCUGCCAUACAUAGCAGAGAAGCUUCUCAGCCAGGGCAGCUUUGGCAUAGUAUACAAGGUCAAAAUCGCCAAGGGUCACUUCUAUGAUUCGCGAUCCGAGACAGUAAACCCCGACUAUACGGAAAUAGCACGCAAGGACUAUCGCAUCAGCGAAAACGCCCAUAUAGAACACGAGAUCAUGGGGAAGAUUCUGAACAGUUCGUCUUGGGAAUGCAGAAACAUCGUCGAAAAUUACGGCAGUCUUCAUAUCAGUCCAACAAAGUACAGUUUGUUCAUGCCUCUUGCCAUUUGUGACCUGAUGGCGUAUAUGAGAGAAAUUCGCCAAACGAAACCUGGAGACGUCAUAGAGAAGGCUAAGAUUAUAAAGUCAGCCAUUGGACUUGCAGCCGGCCUGAAUUUUCUCCACAACAAGUUAAAAACAUCCGAUGAGGAGGACCUAGUGUGCUAUCACAUGGAUCUCAAGCCCGAUAACAUCUUGAUAUUCAGAGAAACAAGCAACAACGAAACAAAUUACAUUUGGAAAAUUAGCGACUUUGGAAUGGCUCGUGUCAAACUACGAAAUCGAUACCACAACAGUGAGAGCGAGAGGGAUUUCAACAGUUGGUUUGUUCAGCACAAAAAAACACAGGAUCAGUCUUCAUUGGCUACUUUAAACCGGCGUGGUGAGGGCACUUAUCUAGCCCCCGAGUCGAUUUCAGCCAUCCCGAGCAUGAAAACCGAAAGCGAUGUUUGGUCUUUGGGUUGUGUCAUCAGUGUUGUGUUCACCUAUCUAGAGGAAGGUGGAGAUGGCGUGGCCCGUUACCAAGAUGCCAGGUUAAAAGAUAAUCAAGCAGACGGUAUUGACCGAUUCUUCCUGCGCGGCACAAGAUUUACCUCUUCCAAAGUUCAUCCCAUAAUAAAAAAAUGGCACAGCGGACUCAUUGACAAGGCGGGGCAACGAGACGAUAGGGAAGGCAGGGCGGUGAAAUUCAUAUUGAGGUAUCUCGAAAAGUCUGUUUUCGAGAUUAAUCAAGCCAAAAGAGACGGUGUCAUCGCAGUAGAAGAAGCUCUACGGGAGACUUUUAGGAAAUACAAGGAGUUAGAAGCGGCGAGAGAAAAUAUUCCAGAAAAGCGAAAGAGGCUUUCGAGCUCUGUCAAGCCACUGAGAUGGCAUUCCAGCGAUGACCCACAGGUUGAGAGAUGGAACCUAUUUCCCUCUGAGGCUUUCAAAGGCUGUGCGAUAUCUCCUGACGGGAACUUGGUUGCGUAUUGGACAGACGAUAAGAUUUCACUCUACACAUCUGAAUCAUUACGCCUCCAAAACCUCCAUACUGCAAGUCCGGCAUCGAACUAUUUACUAGAAACAAAAUAUAACACCACUCGUAUGUGGAAGGCUGUCGCUUUGACACAAAGGUAUUUGGUGGCCUCCACUACAGGAGGAGACUUCCAGUGUUACAUUUUCAAACUAGAGGGCGGGACAUCAGUCGACUACAGUCUUGAUCGUUGUUAUAAAGUCUCCUUGCCGCGGUCUGAGAUUAGCAAACUGGCUAUUUCACCAGACAAUAAAGAUCUUGCAUGCAUCCUACACAAUAAAGAGGAACCUCAAAGCACGAGCACAUUAAUUCGCGCACCCUUAUCGGAAUUGAUUCGGAUUGGGGAGAAACCACACAACUAUCCAGUUAAAGGAGCUUUGGUUAAUGAGUUUGCCAUUGACGACCAGCUCGACACUCACGAUGACGACCCCUGGUGGUUGGGUAAACUGGACUGGCCAGGGACAGACAUUACCCAAUUUCUUUUUUCAACCACGUCGGAUAUUUACCUUGUUGUUCGGCCAGAGCUCACGGCCAGGAGCAUUGAGCACAAAAUACCUAUCAUACAUAUUGAUCUUCGUACCAAGAGGCUUGAUACUUUGAUCAUAGGAUCACUGGGUGCCGACAGCAUACCCUCGUCGACUCUUUUUACGACAUUCGCGCCGUUUCGGAAACAGGCGGCUACCUGUGCUGUUGUCACCAGGGAAAAACAGCUGCAUAUCCAAAAUCUCAUGGGAAAUGGGCUCUCUCCUGCCAUUCAGAACAGAAUCAACAAUUACAGGGUUCUGAAACUGAUGAUGGGCUGGCACGACGAGAAGAUGUUUGCCCUGGGAACACCGCCGGCCAGCCAUAAAAUGUUGCUGCUGGAAAUGACAAUUCCUCAAUCAGGGGCGGAUAAAAUCUAUGUGAAGGAAUUGGCUCAGCUUCCAGGCCUUUCCUGUGACGAUGAGUUUGUCGAAAUGCUCUCUGAUGAUAAGAGUGAGCAGAGACAUGUUCUUAUUGCCACAUUGGCGGGCGCAAAUCAGUGUGCUAUUUACCGAGUGCCCCUUCUCGCAUCAUAA